AUGAACAGCUUGCUACGUUCCCACAUCUCGUUAGUGUCGCUUUGCUGCCUCAGAAACACCUCCAGAAGCUGGACCAGGGGCUCGUUGCCGUCACUGCUCUUCCAGCACAGGCACUACGCCAGACCCAGCAGAGCCAUCUCUCUUCCCAAGGCCUCGCCCAAGAUCAGCUUGCCUACCUUCAUAUCAGUGGCCAACCUAGCCAAUCUCUUGAACGUCAGAUACGCCAGUCUCCAGCGCUCCUUGAAGAGCUUGGGCUUUUCUGCCAAUGAAACCAAAGCUGACUACAUAUUGGACCGAGAGACGUCCUCCUUGGUCGCCAAUGAGUUUGGCUUCGAGGUCGCUGAAGGCUUCAGCGAAACCUCUUCUUCCUUUAUGGAUCUCAGGCCCUCUCCUCCCUGCCAUGAUCCCAAAAAAUUGAAACCAAGGCCUCCAAUAGUUACCAUAAUGGGUCAUGUCGACCAUGGAAAGACAACUAUCUUGGACUACUUGAGGAAAUCCUCCAUAGUGGCAUCCGAACAUGGUGGUAUCACUCAGCACAUAGGUGCUUUCUCAUUCAAGACCCCACAAUCCAAAAAGAUGAUUACCUUCUUGGACACCCCAGGACAUGCUGCUUUUCUUAAAAUGAGAGAAAGAGGUGCCAACAUCACUGACAUUGCUGUGUUGGUCGUCGCUGCCGACGAUUCUGUCAUGCCCCAAACAAAGGAAGCCAUCAAGCAUUGUAUAAAUGCAAAGGCAAACAUGAUAGUGGCAAUAAACAAAUGUGACAAAGCUGAUGCCAAUCCAGAAAGAGUAAUACAAGAUCUAGCCAACAACUCUGUCAACGUUGAAUCAUUCGGUGGUGAAACACAGGUCAUUGAGGUAUCCGGUCUAACUGGCUUGAAUAUGGACAAACUAGAAGAAGCCAUCAUAACUCUUUCUGAAAUUAUGGACUUGAAAGCUGAAACUAAGGGCCUACCUGCCGAAGCUACAAUUGUCGAAUCUCAAGUCAAAAAGGGUUUGGGAAACGUUGCAACUUUAAUAGUAAACCGGGGCAAUUUGGUCAGAGGUGAUAUACUAGUCUGUGGAAAGACUUGGUGCAAGAUUAAAACAAUGAAAAAUGAAUAUGGCAAAACAAUCAAAUCGGUUACUCCCUCAAUGCCUGCUGAAAUCACUGGCUGGAAGGACUUGCCUGAAGCAGGGGAUAUCUGUAUCCAGGCUAAAUCCGAAUCUAUUGCUAAAACCAUCGUCUCAAACAGAAUAACAGAAGCCACUAAAUUGAAAGAUCAGGAAUUGGUCACACAGACAAAUAUUCAAAGGCUAGAGCAUUCAAAAGAACACGAUGAAAAUAAAAGAAUCGACAAAAGAUUGUUAAAACUAUCAAGAUACUCUUCUGCUACAAAUAAAGUUAAAGACGAAAAACACGAUGAAACAAAAAUCGUGCCCUUUAUUAUUAAAACAGAUGUCAGUGGCUCUGAAGAAGCUGUUCUUCAAAGUAUCUCUGGGAUAGGUAACGAUGAGGUCCAAUCUCAAAUUAUUCACAGUGAUGUUGGUCAACCAAACCAUAGCGAUUUGGAUAGAGCUGAAAUUUCUGGUGCUCAAAUACUUUGUUUUAAUACUCAUAUUCCAAAAGAUAUUGCUCAUGAGGCAUUUAUUCGAAAAAUUAAGAUAUCAGAAUACACAAUUAUUUACCGAUUAAUUGAAGAUGUUACUGAUACCCUAUCUUCCUACUUGAAACCAAAAAUCGAGACAACAGUCAAGGGCCACUCUACUAUUCUACAAGUGUUUGAUUAUACCCUUAAGAAAAAUAAAAAAAUUAAAGUUGCAGGUUGUAAAGUUGAAAAUGGUGUUAUGAAAAAAAAUGUCCCAGUUAGAGUUCGCAGGCUCGAUAGAAUCAUCUAUAAAGGCAAGUUGACCAGCUUAAAACAUUUGAAAGAAGAAGUUAGAGAAAUUAAAAAAGGGAAUGAAUGUGGUAUGUCUUUUGAAAAUUGGGAAGAUUUCAAAGCUGGUGAUAUCGUUGAAGUCUAUGAAGAAAAAGAAAUUCGUAGAUUUUUGUAA